AUGGAGUCCGGGGCGCCUCCCGCGUUGCCCUGCCCCGUCGACGACGACGACGAUUUCUACUGGGACGCCGAGGCCGAGGCGGAGCUCCAGGCCAUCGAGGCCGCCUACGCCGCCGAGUCCGCCAAGCGCCGCCGCCUCCCCGACUGGUCCAAAACCCCCGCCGCCCCCGCCCCCGUCCGCCCACGACCCAACCCGGCCCCCGCGGCCGCGAGCGCCUCCUCGCCGUCGUGGGUCCUCUCGCCCCCCACUUGCCAAGGGAGUGUGAAGGCUAGGUACCAACAGGUGGCAUUCAGCGGCAAGAUAGUGUACUGCCGGACAGCAAUUGAAGUGGAGAAAGCUACACGGGAGAUUGUGCGCAAAAUCGAAAGCAUGAAGGCCUCUGGCCAGGUCUCCCUUGGUUUCGAUCUCGAGUGGAAACCCUUCCCCAGAAGAGGAGAACCGCCUUGUAAAGUCGCGCUAAUGCAGUUAUGCAUGGACAAAACUCAUUGUUAUCUCAUGCAUAUCAUUCACUCUGGGGUGCCUCCCAUCUUGAAAUCUCUUUUGGAGGACAGUUCAUCCGUUAAAGUUGGAGUAUGUAUAGACAACGAUGCAAGGAAAAUGUUCAAUGAUUAUGAAGUACGUGUACAACCAUUGAUGGAUUUAUCAACUGUUGCAAAUGUCAAGUUAGCUGGGCCUUAUAAAAGAUGGAGUCUUGCUGCAUUAACCGAAAUGAUCACAUGUAAAGAGUUACCAAAGCCUGGCAACAUAAGAAUGGGAAACUGGGAGUCUUUUGUUCUCUCAAAAAAGCAACUUGAGUAUGCUGCUACGGAUGCCUACAUCUCGUGGUACUUGUAUGAGGUACUACGGAGUCUUCCUGAUUAUACUCCUGAUAUUGAAACAGAGGUUGUUUAG